UAUCUCUCUCUCUCUCUCUCUCUCAUCGUCACAUGUCUGUACUAGAUAGACCAAAGACCACCAUCACCACUCCACACGAUCCAGCUUGUGUCGGCAGAGGAACCUGGGUCAGUCAAUGUCUUAAGAGUCUAGAGAGAGACGCGACAUUUUCUCUCGUUUUCCCGAGCAAACUGCCUCGGCCCAAUCGGGAAAGCCAACGAGAAACCGUCGGGGAUUCUGUGUUUUUCUUCUUGUGGGGGGCGGAGAGAUGAUGAAGAGAAGGUCGAAUGUGUACGCAAGGACGCGCGAGAGCUCCGCGGCGGCUACGGCGGCCACGACGACGUCGUCCUCGAGCGCUACGAGCAGAGACGAAGAGGUUGAGUGGGAGGUGAGGCCGGGAGGCAUGCUGGUGCAGAAGCGGACCGAGAACUCGGGCCUCCCCGCCCCGAACGUCCGGGUCCGGGUCGCCCACGGCGCGAUCCGGCACGAGAUCUCCAUGAAUUCCGAGGCCACGUUCGGGGAGCUGAAGAAGCUGCUGGCGGCGGAGACGGGGCUGCAGGCCGGGGAGCAGAGGCUGGUGUUCCGCGGGAAGGAGAGGGACGACGGCGAGUACCUGGACUCCUGCGGGGUCAAGGACCGGUCCAAGGUCAACCUCAUCCAAGACCCCAUCAGCAUCGAGCGGCGGCUCGUCGAGAUGCGCCGGAACGCCAAGAUCCAGACCGUCCGCCGCGCCAUCUCCGACGUCGCCGCCGAGGUCGACAAGCUCGCCGACCAGGUCUCCGCCAUAGAGAAAUCAAUCGCCAAAGGAAAUAAGGUCCCGGAUGUCCAGAUCACGACGCUGAUAGAGAUGCUGAUGCGGCAAGCCAUCAAGCUCGACGGCAUCUUCGCCGAGGGAGACGCCGCUUCUCUCAAGAACUUGCAGGGAAAGAGAGUGCAGAAAUGUGUUGAAACCCUAGACGUGCUGAAAGUAUCGAAUGCCAGAAUAAAGCCCGUGAUCGUCACGACAAAGUGGGAGACAUUCGAUCAUCCACCGGAGCCGCCGGGGGCGGUGGUGGCGGCCACCGCCACCAACCCGUGGGAAUUUUUCGAUUGAUCUCGACAUAUAAUAGUAUUCCUCUUCUAACUACGUUUCUUUCCCUUGAUCUUUGUUGUGUAAAAUUGGCUGGAGAGAGAGAUAGAGACAUAAGCGAGCUGCAUGCUUGUGGUUUACAGAAGAAAACCUAGAGCUUUAUCUCCAAUGGUCUUUUCGCCAAUAAGGAUUUAUUAAUCCUAGGAUGUUCGUUGCACAUUCAUCUUGUAUCAGAAGCAAAAUGGGGAUUGUUGCUUAA